CUCCGUACUUCUAAAGACUUGUGCCACCUCGUCCACCAUCAUCAACACCGAGUCCAACCCUGGCCAAUACAUCAGAACACAAUGUUGUAACACUUGCAACAGCCUCGCACGUGCUUUCCUGCCCGUGCAUCUUAACACAAUGUUUCACGGUCCACUUCGCCCGCUCCUCGUCCUUUAUCGGCAGAAGAAGAAACAGGCCGACUUUGUUUGCAACAACUUACCCCCACCUUGAAGAGCCCGACUCUACAACAAGAAAAACAUUGACUUGGAAGAGGUUUUUUGAACGAUAUGGACGCUGAUGGACAAGACGAAAAGUAUGUCUUGCUGUGCAAGAAACACUCUGGUCCGGCAGAAUCAGAGGUUCUCUGCACCGCCUGUGUUCAUGACCUGAUCAAUCCACUCCGCCUUGAACUCGCUCGAAUCCUUCUGGACAAGGAAUCUCUGGAGAAGAGGGUCAACCACGUUCUUGAACCUGACCUACACCCUGCAACCGAUGAUGAGAACAACGAACUUGCCACCGCAUACAAAGAGAAGUAUCUUGCCAAAGUACAAAUGGAACAGGCUAUGAUUGAGGAAGAGGAGGUUGAGCAGCGCCUUGGAGAAAAAGAACAAGAACUUGAUAGCCUGCGUGUCGAAUUAGAAAAGCAAAAGGCAGUGUUUGCACAACGCAAGGCUCGUCUCGACCAAGCCAAGCAAGCACAACUUGUGGCUCGACAAGAACAACUCAGCAAAGGUAGACAACAACAGGAGAAAGACAAGGCCAGAAAUGACAUGUUGCACAAUCGAAGUGUCGAUGCCAGAGCAGUUCUGUGCCGAGAGACUGCUUCACUGCUUCGGCUGCGACAAGUGAAGAAGAAAAGCAAAGACGGGUCCAUCAAAGAGUGCUACGCAAUCUCUGGGCUGUGGCUUCCAGAUUUGCGGGACAUCAAUAAUAUGCGGUGCACGGAGCUCACUGCGGUUCUCGGACACACUGCUUUUCUGGUGUAUUUGUGCUCCUAUUUUGCUGGUAUUCAACUCCCGUGCGAAAUCACGGUGCCUCACAAAGACUACCCUUUGACUACCAUUUUCCCGCCGCCACAAUCUUGGCUAGGCAAAGAGGUGCCGUUUCCUGGCAGUGUUUCGACCGUGACAAGCACCCCUUCUAGUCCAGCAGAAUCACGAAGCGAAUCGAGCAAUCUUCCACGGCCUCGACCGUUAUUUAUUGGGUCUGAUGAUACGAAUGAGCACGUGUCUCAGUUCGCCAAGAAAGACCCGAGUGCGUUUGGUUUCUUUGUCGAAGCGAUUUCCUGCUUGGCCUACAAUAUUGCAUGGUUCUCACGGAGUCAAGGCUUUCUGCAAGGGACGGAAACAUGGGGAGAGGUGUGCAAUAUCGGUCGGAUAUUGUACCUAAUGUUGAUUGCACCUCCGGCUCCAGCGGGAGUGAUGGCACCCAUGACACAACAAGACGCACGUCUCCGCCGGUCCAAAGGGGGUUCCAGGUCAUCCAACCAAGACCCAAGUUCGCUGGUUGUGCCUCGUCUUGGAUCAGGAUCACACCAGUCGAUGCACUCAUUGUACUGGACGGAGGCUCAGUCCAACAGCACGCGACAGUGGCGGCUGAGCAAAUUCAACAUGGUGGCUGACCCCCUCAAACGACAUCUCCUGACGGAGAUGAACAACGCCGAAUGGGAACUGCUGGGGGUUGAUGAAUGGGAUGACGGAGGAGAGAGAAUGGAUGAGGCGGUAUUUGUCAAGACACGCACCCUCGACGGAGCGGCUUACGACGACGCUCGGAGUAUCAUGACGACUGCAACGCAUCUGACGAACGGACUUUUGGGGACUGGCGACGAAGGCAAAGGCAAAGGGAAAAGUGGUUGGACCAAAGUGAAAAGCCGCGAAAAGCCAUAAGAAUAUGUUAAGUAACAGACGUCAUGGUUGAUGAGCAUAUAGGAACACAUGGUCCAAGGAACACUUGGGCAGGGUCUCGAGGCUGGUUGGCGUUUCAGGUCGCGGUGUGGUCCGUGUUGGACAAACAUCCAAGGUUUUGGGAGUUGAAAGAUACCCAGAUACGACAGAGUUCCGAGAAGACAGUUGGUACAAAGUUAGGAUAGAAUACUAGUAGCACAUCACAUCUC